AUGACUUUUGACGAGGACUACCCACGACAGCGUUCAACGACGACUAUCAGAAGGCGAUCACCAGUGAACAAGAAGUUCGGAGCAACAGCCGCACAAAACAGGGCUUAUGAAGAUAAUCGCAUCAGGCCUUCGCAUCAUAGCACGAGAACUCCACUAAGGUCCAAGUAUCGCCGGAAUCUUGGCGGAGGAAUGCAGAAGCCGUUCGGGCCGCAAGCAGGGCGCCGUCCGGUGCGCAGUCUGAACAUAUAA